CAUAGACAGUGCGACUGUUAUUUCCGGAGGUUUGGCGUGGUUGCCCCUCCUUCGAAAGAUAUUGCGAUUACUAUCUAUCAGGUUCCAAAAACUUACACCUAAAGUGCAUGUCUUGUGCGACGACCUGCUGAGUACUGGCGACAUGGCCGCCGGAUCGUUGACUUCGAAUCAUGUCAAUUACCUUGUCUGGAGAUAUCUGCAAGAAUCUGGUCAUGGAGAGGCCGCCGUGAAGUUGCAACGAGAUUGGAACUUGGACCCUCAAUCACUAUCGUUUGCUCCAUAUAUCAAAACCCAUGCACUGGUGUCCCUGGUCCAGAAAGGCCUUCAAUAUCACGAUAUCGAACAAUCUAUUGAUCAGUAUGGCAAGAGUGUUUCACCUUCGCAAGCCACUCUUUUUUUUGGCCCCGAGCGUGAAACCACCUUCAAUGAACCGAACGGCGAUGUUAACGAAGAAACCGAGCUCAGCUCCACCUCACCCACUCAGCGCAAACCCAGUCGAGAUAUUACCUCCACGAGAGUCAUUCCAAGUAAUUCUACUCAGACCAGUGCCAAGAGGAACCGAAAGACCAACGGAAUUCCUGGUAAUGGCGACGCUAUGGAAAUAGACCGCGAUGGAUCGUGGAAUAUUGAAAUUGAGCAGCCAAGUAUGCCACCGAAAAGAGACCCUUCGGUGACAGAUUCGCCUGUUCCUGCUCCAUCUUCAGUAUCUCAGGCCGAAGAUUUAGGCCAGAUUCCUCCGCCGACCCCUGUGCCUAUCAUCACAAAGGGGAACAGCGUUGGUAUGCAAAGCUAUAAAGUCACUGAGCUUGGUCCCGGGACAAGCUUACUCGCAUUUGGAUCAAAUAAUAUGGUCUUGUAUUCAGCAUGGAAUCCUACUGAUCCGACUGCAUUGAUCACGGCGGGGGAAGGGAUUUGUAGUCUCUGGAAUGCGCCUACGGCCGUUGGAGCUGCUCCGAAACGAAUAGAUCUCGGCGACCAAGGCACAACGAGUUUGGUCACGGCCAUAGCCUGGCAUCCCACAGGGGCCUCUCUAGCUAUUGGGAUUCGGGACUUUUCCCGUCCAUGGCAUAGUCAGAUCUUGAUCUGGAGCAGCGAUGGCGCACUAUUACAUAUAUUGCCCGCAGCAAGAGAUCCUCUUUUCGCCCUUAGAUGGAAUUCUGGCGCAUCCCUUCUCCUCGGCAUUUCGAGUAACGAGUCAACGAGUCAUAUCAUGGUUUGGGAUCCUUCAACUGGCGCAACUAUUGAGAUGCUUGAAAUGGCCCAGCCUGUACUGGAUGCCUCUUGGAUCAACAGUACGGAUUUCGUAGUCUGCGGUCAUGAGACGCUUCAAAUAUAUCGCGUUGCGGGGAACAUCAUUCUGCUUCGCGCAUAUGAGACUCGUCAAAGAUGGGAAAAGGUUCGAUAUGAUCCACACUGCAGUACCAUUGCUGCAUCUGCAGAAUCGGAACCUUGGCUUGCGCUCAUCGCAGCUGAGAAAGAUACACUGCAGACACAUCUUGCUCAUGAUGAGACCAUAACGGCUCUGGAGUUUCAACCACUCACCAAUCCAAGUGCCUAUCCCGCAGGUUCGCCCCGUUUGUUAGCCACGUCGUCAGUUGACGGGUCAAUACGCCUCUGGGAUGCUCGGAGACCGUUCCAAAUUGUCCACCUUUUGACUCUUGGUCAUGAUCUUCCCGCUAUGACACUGAGUUUCUCGCCGGAUGGUUUCCUUCUUGCGGCAGCCGGGUAUAGCCGCGUACUUAUUUGGCAUGCCGAAGACGGGGGGGUUCCCAAAGCCAAUUGGAGCGGAUCCUGCGUUGGAUGGACAAAUGGUGCCAAUGACGAAGGAGACGGUCAAUCCUCUCUAGAUCAUAGUCUAUCCUGGGAUGCCAAUGGAGGGAGACUGGCAUAUGGUCUCGGACAUCAGGUUGCUAUUAUCAAUUUUCGCAAAUGAAAUCACAUCGUAUUCAAAUUUGGGAAAUAUUUGGUGGUUAAGGCAGGUGAAAGGAAACAUUUUUAGCUGGAUCCCGGUAUUCUUGGCGCGAUGGGAUGGCGCUGAGUGAGUGCAUUCGGGUUUGGCGUUUUUUUUUUUUUUUCCUUUCUUUUUUUGAGUUUGGUUAUCACG